AUGAACAAGGAUGAUGUUUAUGCCUAUGCCCUGUCCAAGACCCUGACCAGAGUGAGGGCUCCGGCCACGGUGGGGCUGUACUCAACAUGUGAGGACCGCAUCAACCUCGUGCUCGAGCAGAUGGAAGUGCACCUGCGCUCAGAGUCCCGGCGUGGGCAGCAGCGCUCUCUCUGCUCUUGUGCCUCUCUGAUCUGGAAGCUGCUGUUCUUCAAACCCAUCUGGACCCAACAGAACCUGAACCACCACCACGUGCGCUUCAUCCACGUGCAAUUCAGCGCCUGGCAUUUUGCUGGCAGUGACCUCUUGUGGGCAGGACUGGCACUGCGGCUCUUCUAUGCCAUGAAGGUGAAUUUUGGCAAACUGCAGCUGGUUUUGCAUCGAGUGGCUCAGUACCAGGAAGAGGAUGAGGUCAAGAAAAAGAAAAUUGAAGACUCUGCAUACAACUGGAGGUCCAAGAAGUGUUGCUGCAUCCCGCUGUGGCUGUGUUUUGUCUUGAUUCUGCUCGUCCCAUUGAUCGUCUUAAUCUUCUUCCUGAUAUUUGGCCUCCCUGACCCAGACCCCAGCGCCGUCCCUAACAACGGCACCAAAAGCCACCUCCACGUUUUUGAAGGCCUGGUCAUUGCAUCCUUCGGAGUUCCCGCCGCAAGUGCUGUACGAUUUCUCCUCUCGACUGGAAAAAACCUUAUAUUUUCCCAAGAUUACAACAUCAGACGAGGGAUGGACAGCGAAAACGUCAGCUCUAAACUCGGGUUCAUGAACGAGGUGCGGAAAGAAAUUUGGGUUAUGACUCGUUUUGUUCAGUUCAUGGAAGUCUUCGAGAGGCGUCGGAUUCGGAUAGUUCUACAAAUAACCAACCUGGAUCGCUGUUCGCCGAUGAAAAUAGCCUUGCACACAGAGAUACCCUCGAUGGAAAACAUAGCAGCUUGGGUGGUCCUUGCAAACCACUGGCCGUGCCGCCUCAGCUGGAUCAUGCAAUGUGUGGAGGACGAGAAGCAGCGCGCAGAAAUCGAGGGACGGAGACCCAGAACUGUUUGA